AUGAUUUUUAAUAGAAGAAUCUAGAAAGUUGUAUUUCAUCCAACCCCCCGCUAUUUUUUCUUUUAACCUCCAUAGUUUGAUGUUAAUAAAGAUUACUACAAAAUUCUUAAUUGCUCUCCUACAGAUCCUGAACAAAAAAUAAAAUAAGAAUAUUAUAAAUUAGCAAAAUAAUAUCAUCCUGACAUCAAUAAAGGAAAUGAAGAGAAAUUUAAAUAAAUAAAUGAAGCUUGGGAUGUAUUCAUAUCAUUUUAUUAUAGGUUUUGUCUGAUAAACAUAAAAAAUAAAAAUAUGAUUCAGCAAGAUCUUUUAGCAAUAACAUUAAUGAAACAAAUUUUAGAGAUAAUUAACAAUAUGGACAUGAAGAAUUUUUCAGAAAACAAGGUCCAAAUGGAUUUUAUUAGCAAUAUACUUAUAGAAGUAAUUACUUUAAAUUUAUAUUAAGGUAGUAGCAAUUAUUAACAAUUUUCAAAAUAAUAAAUGGAUGAAAUGCAAAGAUAGGCUCAAGAAUUCAUGAAUAUGUUUUAAAAUGGUCAAUUUAAUUAGUUCUCUUCAGCGUUUCGAUAAGCUACUUAAGGUGAUCCUAAAUUUCAUAGAGUUCAUACAUUCAUGAAUUUAGCUGAAAUGGCAGAAAAAUUCUAUCAAGAGAGAUAAAGAGCACAAAUGCAAAAUGAAAUAAAAAGAUAAUAAAAUGUAUAAUCUUUCGAAAAUAAAGAAGAGAAACUCAAAGAAUCCUUAAACAAUAUAAAAAGUGGAAUUAAAGGUUUAUGGGAUUAAUUUACUCAAAAAUGA